AUGGGAAGAAACAAACUUGUAGGGAAUCAAAUUUUGGACAAAUUUGGUCUUUACUUGUUUUUCCGAAAAUCGAUAUUUUCGGAAUUUAACCAGAAAAUAUGUAAACAUUCAGAAAUAUUCGCAAUAUCUCCUCUUUUUGGAUUGGGCCGCAACUUGAAGAACGUUUUUUUUUUAAAACCGAGAAGAGGGCGGACUCCAGAACAUUUGUACUCGCCGACCAGCUUCAAGUACGAAGAAUCAGUUGCAACGCACAUCCUGCUCCUACAUGCGAUCAGUGGCUGCGACACUUCGUCGUCGCUUUUUAAUAUCGGUAAAGCAAAGUUUGUAAACGCGCUUCAGAAAGCUCCAAAAAUAGGUACCAGUUUGGAGCUCUUCAAGAAGCAGGACGUCGACGAGCAGGUCUUGGCUAAAGCUGGAGAACGGCUUCUGAUUGCUGUGUACGGAGGUGGCGAAGACGUACGAUCACUCAACGAACUUCGAUUCAAGUGCUUCACCAAAUCAGUGAGCAAAGCUAAGUUCAACCUCGCAACUCUUCCACCCACAACAGAAGCAGCAGAGCAGCACAUAUACAGGUCAUAUCUGCAGGUGCAAAUGUGGCUUGGGUAUGAGCUGGACGCCACCAAGUGGGGUUGGACGAGAGGUGCGAGGGGUUUGGAACCACUAACAACAACCGCUGCACCCGCCCCGGAAGCGCUGCUGAAGACAAUUUCGUGCAAAUGCACGAAAAAUUGCGGAGGAAUGUGUGGGUGUCGUAAGGCAGGACUGAAAUGUUCUGUCUUAUGCCACAACUGCGCUGGGCAGACUUGCGAUAACGUCACACAAUUGCGAGCCGUCGAUGACGAAGACAGUGAUGAUAACAACGACAUCGACGAUCCCGCACCAUUAACACUGAACCUUAGCGAACUGUUCCUCAUUCAAGUGAUGAUUAGAGAAAACCUCAAAACGAGAGGUUUGGGCAUAUUUUUUUAA